AUUUUAAAUGAAAAGAGACCACCGGAAUUUCCUGUUUACUUUUCCCAACAUAUCUGUUUCCUCUUUUGAGAAAAUUGGAACUUCCUUAUGUUUAAACACAACUAUAUUUUGCGAACUUUGAAAGAAUAUCUAAUUUAUUUGCAGACGAUUUCGGUGGCAUUUUUUUGCAUUUAAAAUGAAUUGACAUAAAAAUAUCAGGUUUAGAAAACAAUGGGCAGUGGUCUUUUUCAAGCGUUUAGAGAACAUGGACGUCCAACGUAUUAUGAAGAUAACAGAUGGCCUGUUACCGCAGAUACUGUUGUAUACGGAAUAUUAUAUGGUUUUCUUGCUAUAGCAUUUUCUUUUUAUGUAAUCAUUAUCGGAAUUCGAGGAGCUCAGAGGAUAUACGUUUUCACAAGAGUAACCAUUAGUCUGUUCAUUGGAGCUGUCAUAUUAAUAUGUAAUUUUGGAUAUGGCUGGGAAUAUGGAUCUUUAACAGCAACAACGCAGUACAAAUCAUUUGUAAAUGAGCAUGUCAAAGCAAAUAUAGGACUAAAAAUAGGCUUACGUGGGAUUAAUGUCACUUUAAGAGGGUAAAUUGAAUCAAGAAUAUCGUAAGGCUCAAUGGAAGGGCCUUCCUUAUCCUAUCCUAUGGGCAGUAGAGUAUUUCACCAUCGAUGAAGGAAAUUUUAGGCAUGGUCGAUAUUACAGAACCGCUGGGUGGUACUGCCAUAUUGCCUUGUGGUUGGCAUUUCCUCUUUGGUUAUUAUCAAACAUUCUAUUCUUCAUGGUCAUUCGUUACGGUGCCUAUUUUCUCAGCUUGACAGGAGGCUGUUUGUUACUAGCAAAUGUUCUAUUCUGUUUCAUCAGAAACCCAGUACCAGUCGAAUUGCAUUUUCAAUCAAAGCCACUUGUACUACAUUAUGGGUGGUGCUACUGGCUUGUCCUCUUCACAGGCAUCUUGUGUGAGCUUCUGACAAUCAUAAUAAUUUUUAUGGAUCUGCGUUAUCCAGAAGAACUAUCAGAAUUUUUUGGAACAGAUAUUCUCCAAGAUUAUGAAGACUUUUACGUUGGUAAUUUAUUCCCUGUUGAUCCAGUUGAAUUAGGCCUCAUUCCUCCUGAAAUAAAAGCAGGUCCUUCUCCUGAUUAUGGCACCGUCAGCAGAAGACCUUCACAGGAAGUGUAUGCUUUGCGUAAACGUACCAUGUCAUCUCGAUUUCAAAGAGCUUCUCAAAGAAGACCCAUGCCAACUCCAAGAGAUAAGGAACGUCUAAUCAAAGGCCAAACCGUGAGAGCAUCUGAAUUGCCUGUUUACGAAAAUCUGAAUCUUACAAGGUUUGAUCCAAUUGGUGAAGAAGAUGAAGCCAAAGAUGGAUCCUUUGAAAACAUUCUUCUCAGGGACAUUGAAAGCUUAAGCAAAUAAUCGAAAUGUGAAAUAUUGUCAUUUUGUGAAUGAUUUGAUAGUUAUAAAAUAAUUUUGAUCACUUAUCACGUUUUUGUUUGUUUGUCAACUUCUCUUUUCCUAUUAUCUGUUUUAUUAUCUUUAAUUUUGUAUUGUGUGAUUCUUUUAUUGUGUUAUUCUGUAUAUGCGAUCUUUCAUACGUUUUUGGAUCUAUAAAUGUUGUUCUUUUAUUUAAAA